AUGUCAGAUCGCUACGAUAACACGACGACUUGGACCGUGUACCACCCAACUAUCAAAGACUUUGCAGUGCGCUACUUCACAAACAGAGAAAACACCUUCACGUCUGGCGACUACAUCAGAGGGCAUGUUGUUCUACAUCUAGAAAAACAAGCCAAGAUAAGCCAUCUCUACAUUACACUGAAAGGGGACACAGAUGUCCGGUUCACAACUGGAAACACAAGGUGCUUUGGCAAAGAGAAAUGCUUCGAAAUGAGAAAGGAGUUCAUUGGCGAUGGACACACAGACACUUUGGUGAGCCCAGGCAACCACAUGCUUCCAUUCGUCUUCCAAUUUCCUGAAGGGAUGUUGCCUUCAUCUUUCAAAGGAUUGUACGGUCGUGUGAAAUACGUUUUGGAGGCAACGUUGAAGCAACCUUGGAGAUGUACCAAGAACAGAUACCACGAUAUUAACUUCAGAACCAAGUUGGACAAUUUCAGAAUUCUCUUUACGCUCCCCCAGGCUGGACAACAGGAGAAGAAGAUGAGCAUGUUCACCUCUGGUAACCUCUCGUUUAAAGUUCUUGUUGACAAGAAAGGAUACAUGCCAGGUGAAACUAUUCGAGUUCGAGCAAUAAUUGACAACUCUACGUCCCGCGAUCUUCAACCGUACUUUAAGCUUCAGCGCGUGGUCACGUACAGGGUCAAGACGAAAAUCACGAUGGAUGGUGAUGUCAUUUUCAGAGAGGCGGGCUCCCCGGUACCCUCCAACCAACAGCAGACUGUGACCAAGGAGUUGAGGAUUCCUCGUGACCUCGCCCCAACCAACAUAUUCAGCAGCAUGCUCACAGUGGAAUAUACUCUAAAGGUCUACAUCGAUGUUCCAUUUGCUUUCGAUCCAGAAGUCGUUAUCCCGAUUUUCAUCAUGCCUCCAGACAAGAAGGGUCCUGUGAUGUCAGCACUGAACUUUUUGGCCCUCGGACAGGACGCUACCCAAGACGCUGGUCCCAGCACCCAACCAGCAGCAGGACAGACGUCUCCCAUCUCCAACCCAGCAGCUUCCCACCAGGGUCCAGAUCUAGUUCCAGAACACCUUCCUCUUUCAAGCCCAUUGCUGAUGUCACCACAUGAGGCCAACCAGCAGACACUUCCAGAGUAUGAGCAGGAGACGGAUGAUGGAGCCCCCUUGCUCUACCCCCCUCUGGAAUCCGGUUCAGGCUCAUCUCCAAGUGCUCUUCUGUGCUGUUUCACGAUCAUGCCAUCAUCUUUCCAGGGAGAGUAUGGUCGGAUGAAAUAUGUUUUGAAGCUUCCCCAGACAGGAAACGAGGAGAAGAAGAUGAGUAUGUUCACCUCUGGUAACCUUUCAUUUAAAGUUCUUGUUGAAAAGAAAGGAUACAUGCCAGGUGAAACCAUUAGAGUUCACACGAUAAUUGACAACUCUACAUCCCGGGAUCUUAGACCUAAAUUCAGACUUAAGCAAAAGGUCACAUACAUCGUCAAGACCAAAACCUGGCCAGAGCAACACACAAUUUUGAGGGAAGUGUACAUCGACGUUCCAUAUGCUUUCGACCCAGAGGUCAAGAUCCCAAUCUUCAUCAUGCCAAAAGACGAACAGGGCCCUCUGUUGUCAGCACUGGCACUCAUGGCCCUUAGAGGGGACGACGACUCUAGCCAAGCAGAUGCAGAGGCGACCCAAACAGCAGUGCAGCCAUCUCUUAUCUCCAACCCAGCGCCUUCCCAACAUCUACACCCAGUUCUUCUUCACCAACCACCCUCAAUGCCACUGAAUGCAUCCAACCAGCAGCCAGUUCUGCAGUCCGACCAGGAGACCGGUGGUCCAGUGCCAGCUGCCUCUUCCCUCUACCCUGCGCUACCUGCGUCUGAUUUCCUCUCCUCUCCACGUGCUCCUCAGUAUGCUCCUGGUGCUGCUCUGGAUUUUCUGUCCAAUCCAAGCGCUCCUGAGCUGUUCCCAGGACCUGCCGAAACCUCCUUCCUGUCACAAAGUUAGAUCAGGAGCAGGAACUGAGUAUAGGCC